AGGCGGCGGCGGGACCGAGGCCGCGGGUGCCACCAGCUCCGGCCGCGCUCCGGCACCCACCCGGCACCGGCACCGGCCCGGCCGGAGGAUGGAGGCCGGCGAGGAGAAACGGCGCCUGCUCAACGAGGCCGCCGGCGGGUCCUACCUGGGGCCGUCGCCAAAGGCCGGGCACAACUCGGCGCAGGGGCAGGCGCCCGCUGCCACCACCACCGUGGAGCUGGGCCCCCGGGGCAGCCGGCACUGCCACUCGCCGCGGGCCGCGGGCGGCCGCCGCCGCGAGCAGCGGGCCCGGAGGAAGCUCUACGUGGCCGCCGCCAUCUGCCUCGUCUUCAUGGUGGGGGAGGCCGUGGGCGGCUACCUGGCGCGCAGCCUGGCCAUCCUGACGGACGCCGCCCACCUCCUGACCGACUUCGCCAGCGUCAUGAUCAGCCUCUUCGCCCUCUGGGUGUCCUCGCGGCCCGCUACCAAAACCAUGAACUUCGGCUGGCACCGGGCAGAGAUCCUGGGGGCCCUGCUGUCCGUGCUGUCCAUCUGGGUGGUGACGGGCGUCCUGGUGUACCUGGCGGCGCAGCGCCUGCUCUCGGGCGACUACGACAUCGAGGGUGAAGCCAUGCUGGUCACCUCGGCCUGCGCCGUGGCCGUCAACGUGGUGAUGGGGCUGGCCCUGCACCAGACGGGCCACGGGCACAGCCACGGCGGCGAGCAGCCCAACGCCAGCGUGCGCGCCGCCUUCGUCCACGUCGUCGGGGACCUGCUGCAGAGCGUCGGUGUCCUCGUCGCCUCCUACAUCGUCUUCUUCAAGCCCGAGUACAAGUACGUGGAUCCCAUCUGCACCUUCCUCUUCUCCGUGCUGGUGCUGGGGACGACGCUGAGCAUCCUGCGCGACGUGCUGCUGGUGCUGAUGGAGGGCACCCCCAGGGGGGUGGACUUCAACGCCGUGCGGGAGACGCUGCUGUCGGUGGGCGGCGUGAAGGCGCUGCACAGCCUGCACGUCUGGGCGCUGACGGCGUCGCAGCCGCUGCUCUCCGUCCACAUCGCCAUCAACGAGGACGCCAGCGCCCAGGAGGUGCUGGAGGAAGCCAGCUCCCGGCUGCAGGGCGCCUUCAGCUUCCACACCACCACCAUCCAGAUCGAGAGCUACUCCGAGGACAUGCGGGACUGCCGGGAAUGCCAGCCCCCCCGCGACUGAGCGGCCCCCCGCCGCCGGCCGCCCCCCCCCCGCCCCACGCCGGGGCCCCCCUGCCGCCCCCCACGCCGACAUUUAACGCUGGCGAAAUAAAUCAGAGCAAGUCACUCCGCCGAGCCCCGCGCGGCCCCGCGGGAGGGGGCGGCUCGGCCCGGGGGGGGGGGACGGGGAUGUUGUGUCUGGCGGGGGCUGAGCUUUACCCGCGUGUGUCCGGGACG